AUGUCCCUGCUUUCGGGCGGCCAAGGCAAUUGGAAUGCACCUGUUUGGUUUGAGACCCGACCCAACGCCUCCGCUCUCGGGCCAGUCGAUCCUCUGCUCUCGUUCCCAGGAGCAGAAGCCGGCAGCAUCAAAAUCAUCGAGGCGACCUUUCGAUAUGAACACGGUAUCCUGGAGCAGUUUCAGGUUCUGCAGAUCCGCCUGCCCAUCAACUACGAACCGGAGCCGAUCGAGGCCGAGGUCCAGCCCGGAGUCUCGAGUCUCAAGAUUUUUGACGAACGAACAGCGUCAUGGCUCGAUGUUGAUCCAGAGACAAACCAUCGUCGGCUCGUGCUCGCUAUUCCUGACCAAAGGCGCACCGGAUCCCCGGAUAUUCUCGUCCAUCUCGAUACCACCGUUGCCUUUCAUCCAAACCUCGCCUUCAACAUCACGCGUCCGAUUGAGCCUGGGCGGCAGACAAGCUGGCAUAUCCUCGUGGCUCUGGACCGCAGCCUAUUCUUGGAUCAGUAUCAGCUCGAGUCAGUCAAGUUUCCGUCAAAUAUCAGGGUCAAAGUUUUUGGUCGACCCGACCUCGAAGCGCCGGCGUAUUCCUCUGCAGCGCUGCCGAACAUGGGUCAAAUCACCAUCCCGCCAACGGCCUCCCAGAGCCAACUGGCAUUUUCUAUUCCGCUGCACCAACGGUACCAGCGUCCGUCCGACACCCAGCGCUACUUUGAAGUUGGACUCCCAACCAUAUUGGCCUUCCAGGAGAUGCCAGGCGACGAGGCAGCCGAGCAGCACACCGGCCAGCGGGACAGACUAUUGUAUCACCGGCUGAUUGAUGAAGAGCACCUGACCAUUGCAAUGACAUCUCGGAAAUAUCCGUCUUCUUCAUAUAUGCCGAUCUCCCUCUACUUCACCAAGGAGCGGGGAGGCUCGGAAACAGUCAUCUUCCACGUCGAUCUCUGGGCCUGA